AUGUUGUUGAAGCAGUUGGCUCUCGCGGCCUCCGCGGCGGCCUUCCUCGUGGUCCCCGAUCUUCCCGGCAAGGAAGCUGGCCAAGAUGAAGAAGUCAAGACCCUCCCCGUUGUCGCCAAACCCGACGAAGCGCCUGGCGUAUACGUGAUUCCCCAGUUCGAGACCGUCAGCGUUCCCUGCGCCGAAUGUAAGGGAUCCUCCGACUCCCACAUUAAGCUGGACUUCCAGGUCGAGAACGCUGCUCGCUUGACAGUCAACGGCUACGAACUAUAUCCCACCGCCGAUCCUUGGCACAACGACCUUGUGGCCAGUGAAGUCGCCGAUGAUGGCAAGGCUGCGGACCAGACACUGGGAUACGCACUUGCUGUCACCCCUCGCGUUGAGGACCCAUUUCUCGAGCUCAUCACUGUCGACCUUCGCAUCAUCGAAGUCGGCGAAGUUUUCGUCGAGAAGGUUCCCGCUGUCAGAGUCAACCUCCUAAAGAUGCGACAGGGCGGUGAAAUCUUCCUGAACAACAUUGAAAUUGCACACGUCGUCGAAGAAGUUGAGGACUCUAUCGCCAGCCGUCUCAAGGCUAAGUUUGCCAGCCUCUGGGGCAAGAUCAAGAGCCUUGGAAAGUGCAAGCAUCACAAGCACAUGCACCACAAGGGCAUGGAACAUAAGGACCACAAAGGCCACAAGGGUCACAAGGACCACAAGGACCAUGAGCACCACCACGGCAAGGUUCAAGGCCACGGAGGUGACCACCAUCGCCAUGGCCACCAUGGCUUCCGUCGCGACUGGCGCAAGCUUCUUAAGAACAUCACCACCAACAUUCUUCUUCCUGUCUUGACCGGUGUCACCGCCGGUGUUGGUGUUGCAGUUCUCGCCAUGGGUCUUUGCAGCGUUGGCGCUGUCGUCUUUGCCUCUCGCCGUAGACGCCACCGACGUUGCUCUCGCAGGAGCAAGCACGCCCAUCGUCCCCAGCCUACUUCGGCCGAUGAUGAGAAGGCUCGUCUUAUGGAGCAUUAUGAGGAUCUUGAGGCGGCCCCCCCACAAUACCAGGACCAGCCUUCCCAGGAAGCUCAAGUAACUCAAGAAGAAGCCUAA